CUACCGGUUAAUUUGGUUACCAUGGUAACCAAUCCGUUUGAACACCUCUACUUAAAAUUUUACUAACACUAAAGCAUAUGUAUCUAAUGAACUUUGAGUUGUUUGGAGGUCUUUAAAUGAGCCAACAUUGACGUGAGUAUGAGAUCCUAAACUUGAAUGAUCGUACUAAACCGUAUGUAUCUAAAGGGUUUUGUUGCCCAUAUAGAGAUUGUCAUUCAUAAAUAGAACAAUUGUUUGAAAUUUAUUCUCAAUAUUUGUUAUGUUUGGAAUGUUUUAUCUAUGAUUUAGAAGUAUAAUUAUUAUUUGUGACAUUAGUGACAAUUGUUUGAAAUUUAGUAUUCAUCACAUAGUCAAAGUCAGGUGUUGAGUACAUUUAUUGAGUGUCCUUACUUUGGUGUUAAAAACGAGUAUAACUUAUUGGAUCAAAUGCAUAUAGCCAUGUGAUUUUAACUUUUUUCAUUUAUGUUAACAAUAUUUACAUAUUCUCUAAGUUAGUGAAAUAGAUGGAGAAAUUUAGAGAACGAAAGAAAAGUUUAGAAAGAGUGAAAAGUUGAGUAUAGUGAAAUAAUGAGAGAAAAUGGUGCUCCAUUUUGAAGGGAAAGAGAGAUAAACCAACUCAACAAGAGCAAAUGGAGUUCCCCAAUUUGGGGGGAGUUGCUACAAUACCUUUCCCCCAAUAAUCACCCCUUCUUAAUGUAGCAAAACUCAUGAACUUGAACAAGUUAUUGGUUCCUCACCCUAUAUUUUAUCUCUUUGUGAGGGUAAGUAAUCAAACACUGACACAAAAUGCAAUAUUACAUAUAUGAGAACAAUGAUUGAAUUAUCUAGUAAAAUGAUGAAAUCAACACUAAUUUAAUUCGCCUUAAAAUUCAAAUUUUCUUUCGUUUUUUUUUAUCGAUAGUGGCACACGCGUAUGAUCUAUCUCAAGGACUGCAUAGUCGAACUGUCGAAAAAUCACACAAAUUAUCUAAUCUAAACUCAUACAGAUUCGACCGACUCAUAUGCUACUAAAAAAUUAAUUGCACAAAUUGCCAAAAACAAAUACGAAACACAAUCUCUCGUGUGUCAAAUCAACAGUUUCAAACAACUUGGCUAGUAGCUCUCUUUCAAACUUUCUCCUUUUCUACCUAUUCCAUUGAAACUCUUUUGUGUGUUGCAGUAAAAAAGGAGAGCAAAUGGAGUAAACCACUGUGGAUGGUUUACUGCUAUUGAAGGAUACAUGUCAGCUGUUGGGUUGGGCUUAUAUGUGAAGUCUGGCUCGUUCAUUCGGCCUUCAAGCCCAUAACUCGUUCUCGCAUUUAAGAUAUUUGGGCUGCAUGUAUGGUCUAGGUCAGAUCCAUCUAUUGUGGGCUCUACAACGCUGCACUUCAGAGUCCAAGAUGAAAAGUAAGUUUUCUUAGGUUUCGUUUAUAUGAAACCAAAUGCCCGAGAUUGCAAGCCCACAACAAACCCACCAUUUCCACAUGGCAGGGACAUUUAUGUAAUCACAACCCAAAGAGUCGGAGGAAGAGAAAAUCAAGGAGAUAAGUAGAAUAAGCAUUUCCGCGUCAAACAUGGCGCCCGACCCUUCUCAAUAAUUCUCCACUACAGCAGCCCAUAAAGAACUUUCCUCUCCUUCUUCCUCUCAAGCUCAACUCUUUUUCCCAUUACUUAACCAAAAUAUUCCCCACUCACUUUCCCCUUCCCACCAUAACCACACCCUCACUCCCACGUUUUCCCAAUUCGUGGACUUUCUCUGCCGCGGAAAAAUCCACCACACUCUGAGUUCGAACUUUGAGGCCAGAUCCGAGCAAUGGAUUCGCCAGGCUCGAGAACCUCGUUCUCCGAUCGGAGCUACGCGCUCAGCGGGAAGAUCAUGUUGAGCGCGAUCGUCGUCCUCUUCUUCGUCGUCAUCCUCAUGAUCUGCCUCCACCUUUACGCCCGCUGGUACCUCCUCCGCGCGCGGCGGCGCCAGAUGCGCCGCCGCAGCCGCCGCCAGAACCUCGUCUUCUACGUCGACCAGGCGGCGACCUCCAACCCGGCGCAGUCUCGCGGGCUGGACGCCGCCGUCCUGAAAUCGCUCCCGGUAUUCGUCUACUCCGCCGCCGACACGGCGGCGCCGGAGUUGAUGGAGUGCGCCGUCUGCUUGUCGGAAUUCGAGGAGAAGGAGGCCGGCCGGACGCUGCCGAAAUGUGGGCAUAGUUUUCACACGGAGUGUAUUGAUAUGUGGUUCCAUUCCCACUCGACCUGCCCGCUCUGCCGCUCGCCGGUGGAGCCGGUCCCGGCGGUGGAGAUGGUGGAGCUGUGCGAUUCGACUCGGGAUCUUGAAAUUGGGCCUUCCGCGUCGGUUGGUGGACGGAAAUUUAGGGGAGAUCUGGGGAUCGAGGUUCCCUUGAGGAAUUUUGGGGAAGAGUCUUCUUCGGCGGCUGCGGGGGCGGUGCCGGAGUCGCCGGCGAGUCAGGGGUUCCGGUCGCCGAUGAGCCGGAUGCUGUCGUUUACACGGAUUCUGAGCAGGGACUGGCGAGCGAACAACGGGUACGUUCUUUCUCCCCAUACGCCGAUCCCGACGAGCUGCGGCGGGUCGAUGGCGGCGGCGGCGGCGGCGGCGAGUGAGGAUACUGUCGACUUUGACUUGGAGCGAGGUCCCGAGUCGGCGGCGGGGGAGACUCGGCCGGGUUCGUCUAGAGUGAGUUAAGCGGGUCGCGAGUUCCGAGUUGACGAGUUACGUUGGCCACGUGGCGGAUUAGUUUUUAGUUUUGCUAGGGGCGGCGAAUAUUCCGGGUCACGGGGCGCGGCAGUCUCGAGGCGGGAAAAGAGGGGAAUGUAAUGUACACGUGGCACGCGGUGGAGGCCAGCGUGGAAUUUGGUAGAGGAAGAAUGCCUUCGGUUACCGUGUUUGACCUGGAUCUAUGUAUAGGGGAGAAAUUACACAUACAAUUAGCUUUUUUCUUCUUCUUUCUUUUUUCUCUAAAUCUCAAUUAUGAGAAAAUGUAUUUUAUUUAUUCAAAAUACGGGAAAUAUAAAUACAUAUAUGAUAUAUGUACCGAUUUUCAGCAAUUAGUUUAGUCUCCAAGAUCUUAAUUUGGGCACAAUUUUUUUAUAUGAAAGGUUGUUUAGCUUACUAUCUAGCAUAUUGUUAUCGACAAACCAAAUCGAAAUCAGAUAAAUGUUAUUUAAUCACAUUUAGCGUAGCUCAGGUUCUAAAGUUGUAUUUGUUUUUGAGAUAAAUGUCUAACUGAAGGUCGGGGUUUGAGAUUGAUGAGGCGCCAUCAUGCUAUUAGAAUCUGCGUUUUCCGAUUUAAGGAGAGCAAAAAUUGCUGCCGAAAGGAGCACACGUACUAAGCCCCUAACAAAAGAUAAAGAUAUAGUUGGAGACGUUAGCAUUGAAGAAUCUACUAGAAACUUGAUUCGUGUUUUGUAAUCUAUAAGUGUCGUCGUUAGCUCGUGUAUGGUGUUGUAUAGGGGUGUCCGACUGGUUUCAGUUUUCGGUUUAACCCGAAACCAAACCUUAUAACUGAGGUUUCGGCAACGGUUUCGGCUCCUCUGAAACCCGGAACCCGCUAAGAACCCGAAAAUCCGAAUGCUGGUUGAUGGACACCCUGUUGCUGUUUUGGAGAGGCGACAGUCGCCAAACCUAGUUUCGCCAAAAACCCAGAUCUCUCGCAGCACUUGAAUGGGGAUUCGAUUCAUCACAAACCCAGCUUUCACGUCAGAAAAUCAGCACCUGAUGGUUCAAGCUCCAAAUUAAAUCUCUUUCAGAACGAAAAUGGGGAUUUGAUUUUCCAACUUCUUAUAUCAGCCAAAACCAAGAUCUCGAUCUUAACCAUCUCCGAUGAGUCCAACGACACGCGGCGACGGUUGGUGGAGGAAAAAUCGUUGAAUUUGAUGUUCCCUUCGUUGGUGAGAAGUCCGAUCAAGAAGGAAGGACAGGGAAGUAAAGUGGAGAGGGUUGGAAAUCCCAAAAUGUAAAAUACCCAUUUAAUUCGAUAGACUUUUCCAUUUUUAGGAGUGGCAGAAGCUAGCUGGAGCUCCUUCCCGAGAAAGGGAUUUACAGAAAAAGAAGAGGAAGAGAUAGGGGUUUGGAAGGAAGCGGGGGAGAGGGAUUCAAACCGACAGUUUUCAUCUUGAACACUUUUGGGUUUUCGGAUUGCAUGUACCCAAACCGAAACCGUCAACGCCCUUUUCGAGUUCGGGUAACCAAAAAAUCGAAACCACCAGUUCACGGGUUCGAGUUCAAGUCUGCAGCUAGUUCCUAGUGCGGGUUUUCGGUUUUGAACCGACCCGAACCGAACAGACACCUCUAGUUGUAUUACCUGUGAAUAUUGGUUGGUUGAACCGAACAGACACCCCUAGUUGUAUUACCUAUGAAUAUUGGUUGGUUUGGAAAUGGGUAUCGAUUAAAUCAAGGAAAAUGUUGGACUAGUCAAAUGUGGGGGAACGGCCGCAUGAACAGAACCAUCGGACAUGGGAAAGGAGCCAAGGAGGAAGAAACGUGGGGGGAACCAUGGAAGAAGAGUGAGCCGUUUAUCCAAUUUGUUAUAACCUACAUUUCCCUAAUCAAUGGAUCAAUUAGCU